AUGAAAAGAAAUGAACGAAAAUCAACAUGUAUAUCUUUAGAAAUGGUGAGAAGAUCAGUAGAAGAAUUACAAAUGAGACGCGCAGGUGUCAGUGCUAAAAUGAUUGCCGAGCACUUGGUCCGUCGCUUCCCCGUUGAAAAGGACAUUACUUUACUAAGGAAAGAACUCAAAGAGGUACUGGACCACGCAGUUUCUAUUGGAAUGUUAUCUCGCUCAGAAAUGGAUACUUACUGCCUUGGAACUUUUAGACAAAAGGCUUCUAAUUACAAAACUGACUUGUCUUCAUUUUGGGAGCGAUACUACAAAAGAAGACCAGGACGUCGAUUAAAGCCUCCACCUAGGAAGAAAGUCGAAAAAAAAAAUUAUGAAAAUUAUUACAGCGACUCAAGUGAUUUUAGUGACUCUGAUUUUAGUGAUUAAUU